AUGAACAUUAUCGUUAGAAGAUCACAAUUGGUUAGAAAUACAGCAUCUCUAUUGAGAGCUGGUGAAAAUUAUAGAUUAAUGACAGGUCAAGAGAGAAGUGGCAAUGCUGCUGGACCACUUCAUGAUUUACCAGAUUUUCACUUUGCUGAUGGUAGACCAGCACCAGUUACACAUACUCAGAUGAAAUGGCAACAAUUUAGAUCAAACACUGAUAACAUUUUAAAUAGAAUGAUGGACGAGGUCAAAGUUGAUCAAAGUCAAGUCACCUCUAGAAUCGAUAAUAUGCAAACUUAUAUUGAUCAAAAGAUCACUCAAUCAAAAGAAAAGAGAGCACAAAAGAAGGUCGUUUUUGAAAAGACUGACAAUUAA